ACGUCCUUCACGGUCGGGAUAUCGGGGCUGCCAAUCUGACAUACAAAGAUGGACUCGAUGAAACCCGGGUUAUCGGAAGGAAGCCCAUUGAAUACCAUCUUUUGGAAGCUGGGAUGCUCGCCAUCGACUUCGAAAACGAGGUCUUCAGUAUCUGAGUGGAGAUGGAGGGCCCAGUGUUGAAAGUUGCCGUAGCGAGGGUGGUAGAUGGCCACGGCGAGGUAUGGGGGUUUCAUGACCGGUGAGGUUGAUGACCCGGAAUGAAUGUGUACUGUAACUUUGGAGGUAUUAUGAGUAUGUUUGGAUCAAGGGAUGAAAUGUCAUUUCCUGUUGCAGUGAGGCAUCAAGGUACCGUAAUUGUGUGGUUUGCACUGCUUGAGCCUCUUCCUCCUUCUUUCCCCUCAUCUCACUUCACUUCCUCAUCAUUUCCACCAUCAUCAUCAACAUCAUCUUCCGUCAUUCAAUUGCCUCACCGCCAUCCCGUGUCCGUUCCUUGGUUACCUCCCUUUUGCCUUCCUUUGUUCCCCCGGCCGACCACCUCGCUACCCAAUCAUGGCCCACCGCAGGGGCUUGUCCGUGGCACUGGGCCCAACGCGGGAUCCCCGGACUUCCGGCCUCGCACCAUUCCAGGGCCUUCCGUACCCCACAAAAUGACCUGGUCGAGUAGGAAUGUCUUGCCCUGAGGACCGUGCCAGCAAGUGACGAAGGUUCUUCGGUUCGGUUCCAUCGUCUCCCGCGGGGUAAUUCCAUCAC